AAGGAAGUAUCCUCAGACGAUUAUGAACUGAGUGUUAUUAGUAGUUGUAUUAAUAUUAUUAGUAUUAUUAUUAUUAGUAGUAGUAGUAUUAGUAUUGUUAUAUUAUACAUUCGUUAAUUUACUAAUUCUUUUCUAUUCUAAUACUAAUAAUAAUGCAACGUCGUCAUAUGGCCAUGGAUAUGGCAGGCAUGGAUAUGGGCUCAUCUACUAGUAUGAUGCCGUCAAGUACAAGUUCUGGUAUGAUGAUGGGAUCUACUGAGACAGGAAUGAGUAGUAUGCAUAUGGAUGGAAUGGCCGAUAUGCAUAUGUUCUUUACUACGCAAUAUAAAGAAUAUCCUGUAUUAUUUAAAGGAUUAAUGGCCAAUAAUGCUGGACAAGCAUUUGGAAUAUUUCUUUUAUUAUUUACAGUAGCAUUUCUUGCAAGAGGAUUAGAAUUUAUUAGAUUAUAUCUUGAAGAAAAAGUAUGGAAAAAUCCCAAUUAUAGUAGUGCAUUUGAACAACAACCAAAGAUUCCUCAUUUUCAUAGAGCUGAUUCAGAAACUUCUCAUGAUAAUAGUAUAGAUAAAUCUGAUUCAUUAGGAGUUGAUGUGGAUGUGGAAUUUGUUGAAUCUGAAAGAGGAUCUUAUAAAAUUAAUACUUUACCAUUAGCAUCUAGAGCCUUUAGAAAUAUUAUAAGAUUAGUAUUAUGUAUACUUCCUGAUCUUUUUGGUUAUGGAUUAAUGUUAGCAGCUAUGACUUAUACUUUAACAUAUUUCUUUGCUGUUGUUUUAGGUUCAGGUAUAGGAAGAUUUUUCUUUGAAAAAUUAUCAAGUAAACAUCAUCUCAGGCCAGGUGGAUUUACUAGACAUUGCUAAAUUUAGAGAAAGUACUAUGUAAAUUUAGAGUAUUACUGGUAAAGAUUACUAUGUAAAUUUAGACUAUUACUGGUAAGGAUUACUAUGUAAUUUUAAUGUAUAUUAAUGAUGUGUAUAUAGAAAUAUUAUAUUACCCUGGAG